AUGUUACAUAUAUCGACUGAAUUAAAUGAUUUACCUGAUGAAAUUCUUAUGCUUAUUUUGAAAAAAUUGUUCAACACCGAAGUACUCUAUUCCUUAAUAGAUGUUAAUAAACGACUCAAUACAAUUGUGCGUGAUCCAAUUUUUACAAGUCACUUAACAUUGAUGAGACGUUUCUUGGAUAAUUCCAACUAUCCAUUACCUGAUCUAAUACUUGAUCGAUUUUGUUCACAAAUCUUACCCUCUAUUUGUCAUAAAAUCAAAUGGCUCAAUCUUGAAUCAUCAUCUAUGAAACGUAUUCUUCAUGCUACAAAUUAUCCGAAUUUAUAUGGACUUGGUUUAUAUGAUAUUGAGAUAGAAACAGCUCUAUCUCUUAUUGGUAUUUCUCUUCAUAAUCAAAUUUAUCUACAAUCGAAAGAAGAUAUUCAGCAUACAUUCAGAGAUUUUAAAGAUGAUCAAGUUAUUUCUUAUGUUGAUUAUUUCCAAGAACAAUAUGGUCUAUGUCAUACCUAUUUGUAUCCUGAACAAUUAAAAUAUUAUCAUACUGUAACAAAUAAUUUUCCAGGUGGCUUAUUUACAUGUGUUCGUACAAUAUCAUUACAUGAUGAACAUCCUUUUGAACAUGAAUUUUUCCUUCGUAUUGCUCAAUCAUUUCCAUUUAUGAAAAAACUUUCUUUAAAUAAUUCGAAACCACAAAAUAACAAAUUAUGCAGAGAAUCACAGAAUGACAAUCAAGAUUUUUCAAUCAUUAACUAUCCUUAUCUUACUACUCUUACACUUUACGAUGCUCAUGAUGAUUAUAUCGAAGAAUUUCUAGUUGAUACGAAAAUAUGUUUACCGAAAAAUGCUGUUCUUCUUAACAUUUAUUAUGAACAAGUAAAAAGAGUGACACACAAUUUUACAAGAGAUACAACACGAAUCAAUUGUGCGAAACUAAAUUCUUUAUAUCUCAAUGGUCGUCGACUUCCUAAAUAUGCAAAAGACUAUUUUCCACAUGUAUAA